AUGGAUCGAAAGACGAGGGGGCUGGAGAGUCAACUGUGUAAAGCUGUGAAGGAUGGACAACCCAGAUCUGUGCAGCAGCUUCUCUCACAAGGUGCACGUCCUGACUUGGUUGGUAGUAAGGGGGUAGCUGCAAUACACUUGGCUGUCGGCAAAGAGACUGAGAAGAACAACCGCUGCUUGAAAAUGUUGCUGCAACAUGGAGCUGACCCUAAUAUCAGAUCAUCUGAUGGGCUGACUCCAGUCCAUAUUGCUGCACUGUGGGGAUGUUAUCAAAACCUGAGGCUGCUCUUGAUGAAUGGAGGGAAUCCCAGCCUUAAAGAUAAUGAAGGAAAUACACCUGGGCAUCUUGCACAGCAACAGGAGAAUCAAAAAUGUGCCCAGCUUCUUCAGGACCACCAGACCAGCUGUGUGGACGCAGAGGACGACGACUUGCCUCAAUUCCAAUACUCUGUGUAUUCAGACCAAGCGGACAUGUCCAGCUAUACUGAAUCAGACUACAGCUUCAGUUCCCACUCAUCUAUGAUAAGUGACUUUGGCGAAGCCCCAUUGAGCAGCACAAGGCGCUCAUCAUUCUUCAACCUAUCUAGCAUUAAUGGAAGGCCAAGUUGCAGAGGAAUGUCAUAUAACAGACUAUCUAAUAUGGACACUAAACAGCAUCACAACGAGGGCUGGAACACAUUGUCACACUGGACAUCUGAAGGUCCCUCCAUACUGUCAAGCACCCUCAUGUCUGGCGUGGGGCCUGCACCUGUAUCAUCAACUCUUAAGGAGGAGGAUUUGUGUAUUGAUGAUGGUUUGUUCAUAUCUAAAGCAAAUGUAAAUACUGUUUCAAACGACGGCAGAAUCUAUCCCUCCAAAAGAAACACUCCCCCUGCAUUACCAUCUAGGCGAGCAAUCCGUAAGAGUGUAAGCUUCAGGGAUGUAGAUGAAUAUUUCCCUGUUUUUAGUCCUGAAUAUCCAAAAGAGCCGCCUGCUGUUGGCACUAGCGUAUUACCUUUUGACCUAUCUGAGUACUCUGACUUCCUGGUUCCAGAACGAUUGGCCACUGUUUUACCCGAGCAGGGCAUCGAUGUCACAUCACCGGACCAUGUUUUUGUUUUUGGCAGGGGGAGCAGUGAGAGCGCAGAAGAGGACAUGGAGAAAACGGUCAUCAUUAAUCACUGUGCUUUUCAAGACAGUGAUGAUGAAGAAGAGGAUGAAAAUGUAAAAGAGCCUCAGGGGAAUAUACCAGGGCAUCUAGUGGGUUCCUGUGGGGGCAGCAGCAGCAGUGGGACCAGCAGUAGUCAUUAUAGUAGCUGUGAGAGUGACCAUUACACCAGCGCCCUGGAGGCUUCCAUACACCCCAGGCAACUCUUACUCCCUGUGGUAGAGGAAAUAUCUGUUAGUGUUGUAUCUCCCAAAAAGACUGCUCAGUCUGAACCUCAGAUAAAUUCAGAACUUGAAAGUGUUGAGCAUUUACCAGGUAUUCUUGAAAACCUGGUCUUGUCUGAAGGAAAACACCCAAAAAAUCAUGUACCAAAGGCAGAAACCCCAAUGAUCGAUGCAGCUGAAGCAACUCAGGAAAACUUCAACCAUACAUUUACACCAAGUCCUUUUGUAACAGGCAGGACACGUUCAAGGUUGAGUCGCUGCUCACUGAGAACAAGCAAAACGCCUGAGAGCCUCUUCUUCACAUCUUCCCUGUUUGAGGAGACAUUGCCUACUCCGGUUCGAUCACAGCGUCAGACACUCAGGUGUCAGACCAGCGAUGCCUUUUACAGUUCACCACAUGCACCAUGUGUAACACCAUCCUACUCAGGGAGCAGCACUGGGGGAGAUUCCUUGCCUACUGAUGGCCAGGACACACAGUCCAGCACCCUUAAAGCCAGUUCAAGUGUUAGCAACAGCCAAGCUGAUACCUUCAUCCUACCUAGGAGUGUCACUGGUAGUGCUGUUGAAUCACAGACUCUAUGUGAUACAGUCAUACUGGAAAAAAAUCAGGACUCUUCAAUGGAUACUUAUGAAAGAAACCUUGCAGAGAUUAUACUGGCUAUGCGAAAAGAAGGCAUGGAUCUCCCUGAGGGCAGUGAUUUUGUGACUGAUGAUCUGACAAGUACAGAUGAGGCAACAAAAAGGGGAAAUAUAGAUGAUGCCCCUGAUGUGGACUGUCUGAAAAACAAAGAUGUCUGGAUCACUGAGGACUGUAGUUCUCAGUCAGACUCUGUGUCAUCUUCAUCCAGCUCCAGCUAUUUUUCCCCAAGAAGAUCUAAAGAAGACUCUGACCUUCCUUGCACCCCAGGCACCGGAUGUACCCCCAGAUACAGCAUGAGCCGGAUGUCGAGCUGCCGUAGGCCACAGCACCUGGCUAACCUAUCUUACACCCCUGGAGGGCGUCCAGUCAUUCAGGAUGUGGAUGAACCAGUGGAGUACCUCUACACUGAUACAGAACAAGGCCACAAGCUUCUUGAGAUUCAUGUCCCACCUACAGUUAACACCUCCCUCAGCUCCAGCAUGAGUACUACUAGCAAUGAGGAGACCAUCGUUUAUGACUGGCGAUCCAUGCAGACCGACAUGAAGCAGAACAAAGGAAAGGAGAAUGAGAAACCACAGGAGACAUUACAAAAUGUGGAAAGAGAUGAGGGAUGGGACAGGUUAUUGCUAGAGACCAAAGGGAUCACUGACAAGGAGUUGAGACAGAGGCUAUUGGAGCUGGGGGAGAAACCAGGUCCCAUCAACAGCCGUACCAGGCCAACAUACAUGCGAAGGCUGUGCCGCCGGUUGCAGGAGUCAAAUUCCCAAUCACCACAUGACCAGAAGCAGUCAGACCAAUCACACACAGAUUUCGGUUAUAGUCCAGAACUGAAUCUGGUCCUGCAGACUUUCAAGCUGCCUGAUUGCUGGGCUGACGAGCAGGCUUUAUGCCAGCAGUUUGACCAACCAGAUCAGAACAGAAAGUGGAGGGAGGGUAUUAUCAAGUCCAGCUUCAACUACCUUCUGCUUGACCCAAGAGUCACUGUCAACCUCCCAUUCAGGAGUCAGACUAUGACUCCACAGGAGUGUUUCCAGACAUUUGUCCACGCUAUAUUUUAUGUGGGCAAGGGGAAACGCUCCCGUCCCUACAGCCACUUGUAUGAGGCUUUGGAGUACUACACAGGGGACAAAACCUCUAAGAAACUGUGUAGCAAAGUGCAGCACAUCCUUCAGGUAUGGAACUCCAAGCAGGGCGUCAUCUCACUGCACUGCUUCCAGAACGUCAUUCCAGUGGAGGCAUACACAAGAGAGGCCUGCAUGGUGGAGGCCAUGGGGUUAAAGAUGCUCACCAAUCAGAAGCGGGGAGAUUACUAUGGUGUGGUGUCCAACUGGCAGGUAAAGAGGAAGCGUGAGCUAGGUAUCCACCUACUUUACCGAGCCAUGCAGAUCUUCCUUGCUGAAGGUGAGAGACAGCUCAGACCAGCAGACAUCAGACAGUAACAGCCCCCACUGGAACGGGGGGCUUAAAGUACAACACAGAACCAACUCUGGGAGAACACCACUAGUUUGGAAUCCAAAGCCAUUCGUGGUCAAACAAUUUUGCACUUAAGAGUUGGGUGAUGGUAUACAACAUCAACAACAGUCCUUGAUAUAAUUUCUCUUUCCCAUCACAAUAUACAGUUUGUCACAUAU